GAUUGGGAUAUCAAAGAUGCGAAUGUCGUUUGCCGACAAGUUGGAUGCCCGUCGGCCAACGCUUCACAAGAGGGUGGCAGUUUUGUGGCAGGCAGUGGGAAGAUCUGGAUGGACCAGGUUGCCUGCAAUGGUUCCGAAAUGUUCUUGUCGGCCUGUUCCUUCUCAGGAUGGGAGGUUCACGAUUGCACGCACGCCGAAGAUGUUGGCGUUACCUGUGAUGGAGUUGCGGACGUGAGAUUGGUGGACGGAAGUAAAUGCUCUGGAAGAGUGGAAAUCCUCCACAAUGAUAUUUGGGGAACGGUUUGUGACGAUGAUUGGGAUAUCAAAGAUGCGAAUGUCGUUUGCCGACAAGUUGGAUGCCCGUCGGCCAACGCUACACAAGAGGGUGGCAGUUUUGUGGCAGGCAGUGGGAAGAUCUGGAUGGACCAGGUUGCCUGCAAUGGUUCCGAAAUGUUCUUGUCGGCCUGUUCCUUCUCAGGAUGGGAGGUUCACGAUUGCACGCACGCCGAAGAUGUUGGCGUUACCUGUGAUGGAGUUGCGGACGUGAGAUUGGUGGACGGAAGUAAAUGCUCUGGAAGAGUGGAAAUCCUCCACAAUGAUAUUUGGGGAACGGUUUGUGACGAUGAUUGGGAUAUCAAAGAUGCGAAUGUCGUUUGCCGACAAGUUGGAUGCCCGUCGGCCAACGCUACACAAGAGGGUGGCAGUUUUGUGGCAGGCAGAGGGAAGAUCUGGAUGGACCAGGUUGCCUGCAAUGGCUCCGAAAUGUUCUUGUCGGCCUGUUCCUUCUCAGGAUGGGAGGUUCACGAUUGCACGCACGCCGAAGAUGUUGGCGUUACCUGUGAUGGAGUUGCGGACGUGAGAUUGGUGGACGGAAGUAAAUGCUCUGGAAGAGUGGAAAUCCUCCACAAUGAUAUUUGGGGAACGGUUUGUGACGAUGAUUGGGAUAUCAAAGAUGCGAAUGUCGUUUGCCGACAAGUUGGAUGCCCGUCGGCCAACGCUACACAAGAGGGUGGCAGUUUUGUGGCAGGCAGUGGGAAGAUCUGGAUGGACCAGGUUGCCUGCAAUGGUUCCGAAAUGUUCUUGUCGGCCUGUUCCUUCUCAGGAUGGGAGGUUCACGAUUGCACGCACGCCGAAGAUGUUGGCGUUACCUGUGAUGGAGUUGCGGACGUGAGAUUGGUGGACGGAAGUAAAUGCUCUGGAAGAGUGGAAAUCCUCCACAAUGAUAUUUGGGGAACGGUUUGUGACGAUGAUUGGGAUAUCAAAGAUGCGAAUGUCGUUUGCCGACAAGUUGGAUGCCCGUCGGCCAACGCUACACAAGAGGGUGGCAGUUUUGUGGCAGGCAGUGGGAAGAUCUGGAUGGACCAGGUUGCCUGCAAUGGUUCCGAAAUGUUCUUGUCGGCCUGUUCCUUCUCAGGAUGGGAGGUUCACGAUUGCACGCACGCCGAAGAUGUUGGCGUUACCUGUGAUGGAGUUGCGGACGUGAGAUUGGUGGACGGAAGUAAAUGCUCUGGAAGAGUGGAAAUCCUCCACAAUGAUAUUUGGGGAACGGUUUGUGACGAUGCUUGGGAUAUCAAAGAUGCGAAUGUCGUUUGCCGACAAGUUGGAUGCCCGUCGGCCAACGCUUCACAAGAGGGUGGCAGUUUUGUGGAAGGCAGUGGGAAGAUCUGGAUGGACCAGGUUGCCUGCAAUGGUUCCGAAAUGUUCUUGUCGGCCUGUUCCUUCUCAGGAUGGGAGGUUCACGAUUGCACGCACGCCGAAGAUGUUGGCGUUACUUGUGAUGGAGUUGCGGACGUGAGAUUGGUGGACGGAAGUAAAUGCUCUGGAAGAGUGGAAAUCCUCCACAAUGAUAUUUGGGGAACGGUUUGUGACGAUGAUUGGGAUAUCAAAGAUGCGAAUGUCGUUUGCCGACAAGUUGGAUGCCCGUCGGCCAACGCUACACAAGAGGGUGGCAGUUUUGUGGCAGGCAGUGGGAAGAUCUGGAUGGACCAGGUUGCCUGCAAUGGCUCCGAAAUGUUCUUGUCGGCCUGUUCCUUCUCAGGAUGGGAGGUUCACGAUUGCACGCACGCCGAAGAUGUUGGCGUUACCUGUGAUGGAGAUGUGGACGUGAGAUUGGUGGACGGAAGCAAAUGCUCUGGAAGAGUGGAAAUCCUCCACAAUGAUAUUUGGGGAACGGUUUGUGACGGUGAUUGGGAUAUCAAAGAUGCGAAUGUCGUUUGCCGACAAGUUGGAUGCCCGUCGGCCAACGCUGCACAAAAGGGUGGCAGUUUUGUGGCAGGCAGUGGGAAGAUCUGGAUGGACCAGGUUACCUGCAAUGGUUCCGAAAUGUUCUUGUCGGCCUGUUCCUUCUCAGGAUGGGAGGUUCACGAUUGCACGCACGCCGAAGAUGUUGGCGUUACCUGUGAUGGAGGUAUGGAGCUAAUAGUCAUGGCGCCAUAGAGGCGCAUAACA